AUGUCGACCCUAAAGACUGUCAAAGGCGUUAGAGUUAACUGCAUCGGCGAUAUUGAGAAAUGUUACAGACCGAAAUACGAACCCGUCGAGAUCCCCUUCAACGACCCAAUAUUCUCAAAAAACAUCCGCUCUACCUCCGAUAUAACCGCCCGUCUCGGGAUCCCCCUUUUCACCCGCCAAUGUCCCCAAAACCCUAUCUGGGCGGACUCAACAGGGUCAUCUAGUGGAUUGGGGUUCGCCUCAAACCAAGAAGCGGCAUUCCUUCACCUCUCAUGCAACCCAAACGAAGCGUUCGAUCCUAUCGCCGGUGGAACAUUUGGAUUUGGAUGGGCUCCUCAGAAAUGGCAAUAUACCCCCGGAAGCUUUGUUGCCGUCCGCCAGGAUAAAAAGCCGUUGGAUCCGGUGCACAUGGAAGCUUUGUGUAGAUAUUGUAUCGAUCAUGCUCAACCGCUUUUUGGACACAAUUGUGGAGAAUAUGCGCCGGAUGAACCGUUGAGUAAACAGGCUGUGUUGAGCAUGAUUUGUAGACCGACUUUUUCGAUUUAUUGGUAUAAGAGGUUUACGCCGGAGCUCCACAAGAAGGGUAGUCGUAAUUAUGCAUCCAUUACGAGUUUGUAUGAAGCUUGA